AUGUCUCCUCACGCCCUUCCAGUAGCUUCAGAGCGGACACAAAAUGAUGCAGUCUCAUUUGAGACGUAUGCGAUUUCUCAGAACGGGUUUCUUCCCGCAGACGCGCCUCUGAAAGUUCUUCCAGACAGCUACUACGCACCAUGGGAGAAGAUCAUUCAACACCUCCCCCAGCUUAUCAAGUCUGGGAAGCUGAGGAGAGAGGUGGAUGCACUUCCAGUCUUGACCACCGACAAACUGCAGAACGAGGCGGAGUGGAGGCGAGCAUAUGUGAUUUUGAUCUUCUUGACGCAUGCUUACGUCUGGGGUGGGGAGAAAGCAGAAGAGGUUCUUCCACCGGCAGUGUCGGUUCCCCUCUUGAAGGUUUCCAAACAUCUAGAAGUUCCACCUGUCGCUACAUAUGCUGGCCUCAACCUGUGGAACUUCUUAUCAACUACGGACGACUUUGCGGAUCUCGAGUCUUUGGAAUCUCUUCACACUUUCACUGGAACAAAGGAUGAGGCUUGGUUUUACUUGGUCUCCGUGGCUAUGGAGGCGCAAGGUGCCCGUAUCAUGACCGACAUGUUGAAUGCGCUGGAAUCGAUCAAGACGAGAGACUAUGACACCAUCACAAAGGCGUUGGAGGGGCUAUCUGCCAACAUUCGGAAAAUUGGCGCGCUUUUGGAACGCAUGUACGAAAACUGCGACCCAAUGGUGUUCUUCUACGAGAUCCGCCCUUUCCUGGCCGGUAGCAAAAACAUGGCGGCAGCUGGUCUACCGAAUGGCGUAUUCUACGACGAGGGAAAUGGCCGCGGUAGCUGGCAACAACUUAGAGGAGGCAGCAACGGUCAGAGCUCUCUUAUUCAGUUCCUUGACAUCGUUCUGGGAGUUGAACACACAUCAGAGGGAAACAGCAAUCCGCACGCCAGCAAAUCUUCACCCAAACAUAAAGCAACACCAGCCUUCCACGAAGAAGUGCGUAGCUACAUGCCUGGUCCUCACAAGCGCUUUUUGGAGCAUGUGUCACGCAUGGGAAGCAUCCGAGAGUUUGCCAAGCUACCAGUUUCUACCCCGGAGCAGGAGAAGUUCCGCGACGCAUACCAAGCGGCAACAAGAACCAUGACUGAGUUCCGAAACAAGCACCUGCAAAUUGUUACCAGAUACAUUGUUCUUCCAUCAAAGAAAGCAUACAAUGGCUCCAAGGUUGAUUUGGCUAGCACAUCGGCUGUUAAAGACGAACAGCUUACUGGCACGGGAGGCACAGCACUAAUGCCAUUCCUGAAGCAGACGCGAGACGAGACGUUGCAAGCAGGGCAAUUCAACAAGGAGCGAAGACCAUGA